ACAUAAAUGAACGAAAAUAAAAAUCCAAAAAGAGAAGAAGUCAUCUCUUCCUUGUUCUCGGUGUCAACACAACAGGAGAGGCUGUCCGCCGAAUUCUGUAAAAGCCCCAUCUAAAGUCUCAAUAACCCAACUAUUAUUCUCUGCUGAUUCAGAUUUCAAUUUACAAAUGGGGAAAAGAAAGUCAACAGCAAAGCCACCACCCAAGAAGCGGAUGGACAAGCUUGAUACUGUUUUUAGUUGCCCUUUCUGCAACCAUGGCACAAGUGUCGAAUGUCGCAUUGAUAUGAAGAACUUGAUUGGUGAGGCUGUAUGUGGGAUUUGCCAGGAGAGCUUCAGCAUGACCAUCACAGCUUUGACUGAGCCUAUAGACAUAUAUAGCGAAUGGAUUGAUGAAUGCGAAAGGGUCAACAGCCUGGAAGAUGACGGUGCUUAACCAGCUCUUAUCCUGCGGGAGAUAAACCUUGAAAUUAAGAAGUCAUUAUAUUAACACGUCCUUUGGAUAAAAUCUCGAGGACGUUUCGCGGGGGCCACGAUGAAAAGCUACAUAUGCAUGGUGCAUGUCCAGUGGAGUAAGUCUUGGUCCUCAAUAUGCUUAAUAAUUGAACUUUGUAAUGUAUCUUCGGUUUGUAAGAAUGAUGAACUUCCAUGUGCUCUACGUGUAUAAGACAGUAUAAAACAAAAUAAUGCUGUAUCCUGUAUGAUUUUGUC